AUGCAAACCAAGACAUGGAGACUCAAAGCCGGGUCUCCAGAAAGGAAGUUCAUAAAGGAAUGCCCGAGCGGGCUGAUCACCCUCCACGAGUUCCGGCGACACUUCUGUGACGGGACGGUGGGCACAGAGUCCGCCGAAUACGCCGAGCAGAUCUUCCGCACCCUGGACAACAACGAGGAUGGAGUAGUGGACUUCCGGGAGUACGUGACAGCCAUCAGUAUGCUGACGAAGGGCUCGCCGGUGGAGAAGCUGCGUUGGUCCUUUAUGCUGUACGACAAGGACAAGGACGGCUCGAUCACACGCGAGGAGAUGCUGGAGAUCAUGCAGGCUGUUUACAAAAUGAGUGUGGCUGCGUCUUUAACCAAGCCUAACCCACUAACGGCAGAAGAGUGCACCAACCGGAUAUUCGUUAGGCUGGACAAGGACAAUAAUGCUGUCAUCAGUCUGGACGAGUUCAUCGAGGGCGCUAUGGACGACAAGUGGAUCCGUGAGAUGCUGGAGUGUGACCCCAACACGGUCAAAGUGGAGAAGCCCAAGAAGUCCCCUGCUGUCAUCUGACAUUUCCCCAACUUCCUUCAUUUAACCCAAAAUCAGCACAUUGACUCAAAGCAUAUUUAAUACAUUUGUACUUUACACAUGGAAGAAAUAUCCUAUAUAGUCCCUUCCCACCAAUCCAGAUCGUGGAAACUGAAUAAAAACCCGAUAGACUA